GAAGUGGGUACGUACGUCGGUACUUGGACUCACUUGGGCAUCUUUAUACUGAAGAAAAUAAUGGCGAGGAAAGGACUCCUCCGUCGUAUUUGAAUAAUAAUUGCUGGAAAAUCGACGUUACAUUCAAGCGACACAAGUAAGUUUCAAUCAGUUUGCGACACUUGCAAUUACAGCUGUGGACAACCAAAACAGCAUGGAUGGUGAAGACCCAUUCGACCACUUCGAGGAAGACGAUUUACAACCGGAUAACAAACCGUCGGCCAAGAAAAAAGCUGGAAGGACGAAGAGUGGUGACAAUGUCAGGGUUAUUGAAAUGCGAAAGGAAAGAUCAAGAAAUGCUGCAAGAAAUAGAAGAGGAAAGGAAAAUGCUCAGUUUGAUGARCUUGCAAAGUUGUUGCCACUCCCUGCGGCAAUUACAUCGCAACUUGACAAGGCUUCAAUUAUACGACUUACCAUCAGUUAUCUUAACAUGAGGGAAUUCUCAGGAGCAGUUCCCAAAAUGCAACUCCAGCUCACCGAUGGAUCAGACAUUAAUCUAUCACCAAGUGAAGAAAGAUCUGAUGUGUCCCCUUCUCCUCAACCAAGUACAAGCAGAGAAGUUGUCCAUUAUGACAGGCCUUCAACAAGUUCUGUGAUUCCUGACCUUUUAUCAGAAACUGGCUCUCAGCUACUUCAGUGUUAAUCUUGGAUUAUCACAGGUGGAAUUAACUGGGAAUAGUGUGUUCAACUACAUACACCAAGAAGAUCAUCCUGAUGUCUUAGAACAACUGACUAGUAGCUCAACAGAUGAUCCAGCAGAGGAUAGCCAAUUCCAGGGCAUGCAGGGUUUUUUUUCAUGUCAAGGCCAGCGCACUGAUUCUUUGUUUAACCAGGGAGAAGAAAUAGGACCUCCUAAAAUUCUUCCACAUCAGCCACGGUCAUUCUUUGUCAGAAUGAAGUGUACACUUGUCAGACGUGGAGGGUCUUAUGCUAAAUCAGCAGGGUUUAAGGUCGUGCAUUGUGUUGGUCGUGUCAAGGAAUAUGCUUCGGACAAGAAUGAAGCACCUAGAAGGGCGUUUGUGCUUCUUGCUCAGCCUGUUCCCACCAUGAACAUCAAUGAACUUCCACUSGAGUGUAACAUGUUUGUCAGUCGUGUCAACAUGGACUUGAAAAUCGUCUACUGCGAAGGAAGAAUUCAUCGUUUUAUGGAUUACCUUGCCAAGGAUAUUGUUGGUAUUUCUGCGUAUGAUUUUUAUCACGCUGGUGAUGUGGCUCUCAUACAAGGACAUCAUGCAAAAUUCCUUUCUAAGGGUCAAGUAUGGACGAAAUAUUACCGAUGGAUGAACAAAAAUGGUGGGUGGGUUUGGAUGCAGACGAAAGCGUCUCUUAUUCCACAUCCAUCAAACCCUGCGUUGAAGCAAAUGUUGUGUCUAAACUACAUUCUCAGUGACGUCGAACAUCGAAGUGUUGUUCUAGGAAUGGCUCAAUUGGACAAUAAACCUGAACUCACAUCGGCACCACCCAAUAUUCUGACAGAAGUGCCUUGUGAUGGAGAUAGUACUGGUGAACUCAAUGAUGCUCUCAUUGAUGACCAGGUCAUGGUUUUUCCUAAAUGGCAGGCCACGUCUGACAAGCUCGUCCCUCAACAAACGCUACUCGACCAAAUGGUGUUACAACGUACUGGAUAUACUCAACAAUUCAACGAAGCUUUCAAUAACUGGUCCAGUGAACAUCAAUCCAUAGAUCGAAAAGCCAGUCAGUCUGACGAAAGCCACGAUCAAGACUUUGAUGACAAGGAGCUUCAGGAUAUUGCAGACAUCAUCAAUGCGGAUGUCACUCCAUUCGAUCAGUCAUUGUUUGAUUUUGUUGUGUCCGGGAGCACUCCUUCAUUAAUGAACGUGCCAUCUUCUCAUCUAGGACCGAUUGGUGGAUAUAUCGAGGAGAUACCCACAACAUAUGCCAGUACUACUUCGGUUGUCCCUAAGGAAGAAAAAAAUUCAGUUAGCAACGAUUAUAGUUCCACUAUGUCGUGUUCACARGGGAGGAARCGACCAGCGCCUGCAACUAGCUUUGGUUACGAUGGCAACUCUGUUGACACUAGUGUUUCGUCUAAAGCUCCUCGUUUAAGCCACAUGCAGGAAGGAACUACACCAAAGACAACCUCYCAAUAUCAAGAUAAURCAUGGAAAGUACCGUCUUCGACAUCCACGACGUAUUCAGCGUCAGGACGAUAUACAGGRACAAAUCARUUAGCACAAACUGCAACUUCGACUACGACAAAUCAAAGUAUGAACUUUAGCCAGGKAGGUGCGAACAACAUGAGCUCAAAUCCUGGCCCUGGACUCAAUACUUUCCAAAUGAAAGCAACAAUUUUUGCGAAUCGUAAACCAAAGUCUCUUCUAGAACAACUUGUGAUGAUGCCAGGCACAGGUAAAGAAGAUGAUUUAAUGGAUGAUGAUUUAAUGUUGGAGCUAGUAGAAGAGCUUAUGGAGAGAGGCGCUGAUGUAGACAUGAUGGACAAUGUGACUUCUGUACAAGAUAGUACAGUAGGUAGCAGUAGUAGUAGAAGCAACAAUUUUGUAMCUUUCCAAAACAUCAAACAAGAAGUUGUAACUCCAACGGCAACAAAUGCACCUGUUCCGUUCUCAGAAUGUAUUCAGAACACGCCCAAACCGCCGAUGAACUACCAACAGUUUGAGGGACUUUACCAAAGCAGUGCAAGUGACGGCUUACAGUCUGAGAGAAGGUCACAACAACRGAACAUAAACAUGCAGGAUGGGGGGUCUGUAACUAGCCUUCGAAACACAACACAACAGCAACAAUGGGUGCAACCUGAACGACUACAACACGCAUGGCAAMARMAGCAGCAGCAGCAGCAACAACAAGGCAGUAUGCCUCAGCAGUACCAAAUACCUAACAACCAAUUAAAACAAACAUCUUCACAACAACAACGACAGCAACAACAACAGUCUCGCACACCAUACAGCUUUACAGGCCCGACUCAACAACARCGACGACUGCAGCAACAGAGAACACCAGAACUUCAAUCUAUAGCAGAGCAAAGCCAGAUUUUUCGAGAACUGAACGAACUUAUAAAACAGAAUAAUAGCAUGCAGCAGAAYACUCAGGGCAUUKCAAACCAGAGAGUAUUGAUAUCAUCGGCUCCACUCCCUGAAUUAAGCAGCGUUAUUGACGAAGAACUCAACAGUCUCCCUGUUGACAAUCAAAUGAACUCUCUGAACUCUCAGAACUUUAACGGUAAUGUUCCAGGAACAGGAAAUCGUAAUUUUACAGGUAUGAUGUAGCUAGAGGUCCUUAAGAAGGCAUGUAAAUACUGACUUAUAGAAUAAAAAAAGUGUAAUUAUGUACUUAAUGAUAAAUCAAAAAAGUCUAAAUUUGCAAUAGAUAUGUAGGUUAAACCGUAGUUAUUAGAAAGGUGAAAUUAUUAUAAUUUUUUGUUCUUUUUUGAACGACACAUUUAACCAAGUGUACAAAUAUUAUUCAAUUCCACAAAACAUUAACAGCUUAAACACUUUUUCAUGUUUAGUAUGUCUUUAGCUUUGCUAGUGUUUUAAGCGCAAACUCAUUCAGUAUACGAUUACAAGUAUGCACUAAGUGUGUUGCCAUUCGUUUCGUUAUAUAGAUAGUCGAAUUCCACAUGUGCUGAAGUCAAUCCAUGAAUCAAACCGAGGUGAAAUUUGAAAGAAUAAUUAUCAACAGCUCUUAGUUGAGUACGAUUUCUGUUCAAAUUUAGGAUGAAAAAAACAACAAAACAAAUAAGUUUACAACUGGAUUGUUAAAUAGCCUUCGUURCCGUCGGUCAGCGGGUUUGAGGCUUGACUUCCGAAGACCGUAAAGUUUUUGAAACACAUUUGAGAAAUUUGAAAAAUAUUGCGGAGCAAGRAACACUUCUUAUCUUAUCUGGAAUUGGUAGUCUUUACUUUUGUCCUUAUUGAGUAAGGACAGCUAUCCAAUAGAAUUAGUAUAAUGUUUUAUUUUAUAGUUUUUAUAAGGGUUUUUUUAGCGGCAUAAAAUUCUCGUGUUAUUUUGCACUAUUUGUGAGAGCUUCCCUCUGAUUUUCGUGUAUUUUAGAACUGGUCAGGAAAAYAUCGAUUUUUGUAAAAGCGUCGAUAAUUUUUCCAUUCUUAUCCACUGAUUUCAAUGCGCUUGAAUAAAAUCGGGUAUUAGAGUAUCUAUCUAUAUUAGCAUUUGUCAAAACAUUAGUUGCGCAAUAGAAUUAGUUGCCUCCACUUUUUUAUCAUUUUCUUCUUCAUGAAAAACAUUUAAGGAACUGUCACUCAGUAAGCUUUGUUGUCUUUGCUCAAACCGUCUCGAGAAUUAUAAAACUUUACAUGAUAUAGAGUGCAGUCACUAUUCAGCAUUCUGUUAAURGUACAAAGUCUGGCCUUUGCACCUAACCCGUGAAAUAGUAUAGUAUAAUAAUAGACAAAAUGAAAAAGGARUGGCUAUCGUAAGGCCUUGGUUCACGAGUUACAGCCGGUGUAAUAUAUCAUUGCUACUCGUUAAAAGACCAUGUUAGAAUAUGAAAAUUUGAAUGCUCCGUUAGUGGUUCACGGGUUAAGUGUACCGACUUAAUUAAUGAACUGUAAUCAGUUAAUAGUCAAUAAUCUAUAAAGGAUCCGUGUAAUCGAUUCUAUCCAAAACGAUCAGAGUCAUCGUUACCCGUCAUUUCACUUUUCUUAUUUUGAAAAAUAUAUCUUUAUACAUAGUUAAUAUGCUUUAUAUUACUCACAAAAACUGGCUUUUAAGAAUCUAAACAUUCUCUCUGAAUCGAUAAAUAUUAUUGACGGAUGAUAGCUGUCUGUGGCCUUUUACUUUCUUUGCAAGGMCACUCACUUGUAUGUUUAGGCAUGCGUAGUACGAUCUUAUAUGUUUUUUUGAACAUACCACAUGGCUCAAUGCYCAAAGUCACUUGWAURUCACACAAAGAAGUUAAGAUCGGRCCAAAUGAGAAGUGUCUGAUCCAAAAACUAUUGUUUGGCGAAACAACGUUGGAUCAGCAAACAAAAUGUUGUAUGGCCUAACAAACGCCAUCCAACAUGUUUGGCGCUCCACCUUGCACUAUCAAACAAGUUACCCAAAUGGCAAAGGGUUGGUCAACCCAAUGAUGUUUCUAGUGAGCAUUUCUCGUUUGACCGGAACUUAACUACAAGGUUCAUUAACAGUAUACCGAAAUGUAAUCAUUAAUAAUUACAAUAUUAAUCAUUAUUAAUGACAACAAGAGUUUGUACUGCUCUCUAAAAAAGUAAAAGUAACAAAAUAAACUUCUAUACUCAA